AUGUUCGCACGAGAGUGCGACAAGAAAGUCACUGACGGCAAUCAAGUGCUCUUCGAACUGAGGGAGCUGGUGAAGAAAUCCGGUGUGGACAUUCUGCAGGAUGUCAGGUUCGUGAACAUACUUGGAGUGGUCGACAUCAAUGUGGUCCGACUUUCUCUCGGCCUUCCUUCUCCCGAGCAGGAGAAGAGCUACAAGACGGCGCAGGCCAUCGCUCACGAUGCUUGCCUGCUUCUGCAGUUGCAGAGCCCGUGGGCAGCAUUUGCAGAGACAACUGGUGAGGGCAAGUCCUCAAGCCAGGCAGGUCAUCGAAUGAGAGAGCUCAACCCGGAUGGGUCACUUCGCAAUGCACAGGAUUUGCUGAAUGACCAAGGCUUCGUGAUCGAUGCUUUUGUUCGUCGCAAAGCCGACAAACUGGAGUGCCAGAUCAAGCACAUCGGUGGCAACCAGGUGCAACUGGAGGAACUGCACAAGAAGGGCUUGAUGAAAGUUUCCAGCGAUCAGUUCCUUUCCGGAAAGUGGCAUGUGUUCACCCCCAGGAAGGAUGUAGAGGUACUGCAGGACUUGUCCGUUUUCGGCUUCUCUCAGUCCAUCGAGUAUCAAGCUGCUCUCAUGGUGGCGGAGAUCCACAAGGAGCUGGAGAUCUUGCAACAGAAGCACGAUGCUGAUGGUGUGCUGGCCAAGCUCACCUUGCAGCUGAGGCCAAACAGAGCCUUGGUCGUGAAGGAAAAGAUGAACAAACUUGUAUUGGUACCCUGCACGUGGAAGAUUGUGCAGAGAUCGAGCUCUCAAGGCGACUUGGCCAAUGCUGUGAAGGUAGAGACUGCAUGGAACAUGGAUGAUCGGCAGUUUUGGCUGAGCUCCUGUGUCUCCCUGCCCAAAGCCGACGACGAUGCCAGCUCGGGGAAGUUCUGUGUCUCGGCCUUUUUCCUUGUGAAUGGCUCAGAAGAACCGGACUGCAUCAACAUGGAGAUCUUCUUGUCAGGCAGUAAGACUGCCAAAAUCAGGGUGCCACUGCUUCGCAACACAGUGCCCUUGGCCAAAGGAACACUUCCCCGCGCCGAAGCUUCAUUGCUGAGCAACAUGCAUUGCCAGGCUGCAAUCUUUGCAGGGUGUCGCUUGCAGGGCUUUCAGCUCGCAGGCAGCUCAAGUUUGCAGGAGAUGUGCAUGCUGUUGUUCCCAAGCUCGCUCUCAAGCCCUUUCAGCAUCCUCAGUCCCUCGAUCUUCCCGCUCACGAUGGAGGAGCUUAAGGUCGAGCAAAAGUUCGUCGUGUCGUGGGGCAAGGUGCAAUUGGUGCCCACCCAAAAGCUCGUUGAUGGCAUUCCCUAUCUGUGCCUCUCGAAAUGGGAUCGCUCGAGUGUGCGACUGCUGUCGGGGAAAGCUUUGGAUCUGCGAAAACAGAAGCGAGAUCAGGCAGGCUCCUUGCACUGUUCUGCCUGGGAUUCGCUCCUAGAACUCCGCCAACAGGAAGCAAACAAGCUCCUGCAAGAUGCCCUCAAGGAGGACGAGGAGAAUGCUCGCGACAGUGCCAAGAAGAAACCCAUCAGAGCACAAUCCAAACACACGGUCAUGCUCCCCCUUUCCAUGCCGGUGGUUUUCCAUGGCCACAAGAUGAACAUCCUCCUGGAGGGCUUGGGGUCGCAAACCAUCUGGGUCGAGCUGACCGAGCAGAACAUUCUGUUGCUGCACGAGAAGUGUAGUUCCAGCGAGGCCAAACCCAAGAAAAUCGCCAAGAAAAGCAAGAAGGCGAAGAAGAACCAGGACAAGGGCGAUGAUGCGGGUGACGAUGCUGAGGAUGAGGAGGGUGAGGCAUUCCAAUGGCUGCUGCAUGCUCUCGACUUUCUAUGGGCCUUAGAAGUUUUGGUUUUGGCUGCAGCCAUGGCUUUCCGGAUGGUUUGGAAGGGCAUGCCAGAGGCCGACGAAGCCGAGAUGGUCCAGAACUUCAAGAUGGACCUGGAAGACUUCGUCAAGGGCACAGGACCCAAGAACCGGCAUCGCUGGGAGAUCGCGGGCCAUGCACGGCUUCGCUGGACGAAGCAGGGGUGGCACGUGGACCUGCUGGGCUCAGAACCUGCUGUUCUGUCCCAGUGGUUCAACGAUGCCGAGUGCCAGGAGCCUCCAGUUGAAGGCUGGCUUUUCUGGGAUGGCGACUCCGGGCGCUACAGGGAGUCCAUGCUCGUCAUGGAGGCUCACCGUGAAGAUGCAAAUGAGGAGGAGGACCCCGAGCAAGGCUUGCAAGAAGCCGAGGAGGUCCCAGAGCCGAAAGGGCCGCCACCUCCCAAAAGGGUGAAAAAGGAGCAGGUGGGAACCUCAGUCCCGGAGCCCAAGGGUCCACCUCCGAAGCGGGCCCUUCCUUUGGUGGCCUGGCAUUCGAACUGGCAGGUCAAGGCUCCGUGGGCGGCGGGGGGCAAGGCUGCGGGGAUGCAGCUGACGGGCUUCCUCGAUGCCCAUGGGCAGUGGUGGCCUCCGGGAGCCGGGAGGACCCGGGCUCGCACCAGGGCGGGGGCGGCCGUGCAGGCUCAGCGGGUCGUCCCGCGAGCCCUGGAGCUCGCCGAAAGCACGGUCGCAUCUGUGCGGGAGCAGACACAGCUUCAGCGAGAGUUCCUCCAAUGGAUGCGAGAUCGCUGA